UUGGGUUUGUGCAUAGAAAUCCACGUCCCUUUCCAGCUUCAAAUCCACCGGCGAUCGAAGAAAGCAGCAAGAAGCUUAGUUUCCGAAUAUGCUCCAUCAACGAGCCCGCCUUUCGCGGUCGUCGCCGCCACCGCUGCGAAGCAAAUGAGGACGAAGAACUCGGUGCCUGCUUCUGGAGCUGAUUUCGGAGAUGAAGUCAUCCUACAUGGACUGUGA